CUAGCACAUGAUUCGUAGUUUAUUUAAGUGUACCUACGACCUAGGGCCGUUGCCUGGUGUCCUGUACCCACCGUCACUCCUAUUUUGGCCAUACUUAUCCGCACUCGUGCUCCCAUUUGUUCUUUCCUUUGUCUGCAUUAUAGGAGGGGCGCCUAAGAUAUUUAUUCUGCAUUCAUUUCCAAAGCAAAUUACAGACUUUGGUCGCUAUGGAUCACCGAAACGAUGGUGAUCCAGCAUGCCCAUUUUGUCCUUUUUCUGAUUCGGACAUCAACUUCGUUGCAGAGCACGUGGAGGUCUGCCAUCCUGAAGUUAACAGUCAACCUGGGCUUGGCGGAUGGCAUACCGAAAUGCUCAAAGCGUCACCCGAACGGCAAUGCUUACCACCGGCAGAGGAUAAAGAGAAACGUUCGAACAAUUAUAUCGAAUGUCCACAUGGCUGCGGGGAAAUAGUAAUCGAUGCCGAACUCUCCGCCCACCUUGAUAUGCACUUUGCGGAAAGAGUUACCCUUGAAGACACAUCCUCACCCCAGCCGGAAUUGCCUUUCGAUACCGAUGAGUUGGCUUCAGUCUCUGGCACAAAGAGGCAGGCGCGGCUAAAAGAGCCUCUUUCGGGUUCGUCACUUAAAGAAGAUAACUCACGUACUACAUUGGUACGGUCCGGUGACUCUGAAACAGCGCACACUGGAGGAAUCAAACGGCUUGGGCGUACGGAGUUAGGACCCCAUGCUCAUGAGAAGCAAAUGCCGUCAUGGUUGCGAAGAAUGUUAGAGAAGGGUUCUAUAUCAAUUCUAGCGAAGAAAAUUGCCGUGGAUGGCACGCCUCGGAGGUGUGAACUGGUGGAGAAUGAGACUGGUGAUGUUAUCCCUGUGCUUGCUCGCUUAUGCGAGCAAGACAAAUCAGUCCAGCGUGCCUUUUUUUGCAGCCCAAAGGUCCACCAGAUUUCAAAGAUACCAAAGGAAGGUGGAUUCUGUGGCUACAGAAACAUCCAGAUGUUAGUCACCUACAUGAAGGAAACCCGUAUGGCAGGGCAUGAGCGCUUCCCUGGGGACUUGCCUUCGAUCUUCCAACUUCAGGACAUGAUCGAAGAAGCAUGGGACAAGGGAUUCAAUAGCGUAGGGAGGGUCGAAACUGGAGGCAUUCGAGGGACCAGGAAAUACAUUGGUACACCCGAGGCACAAGCCCUCUUUUUAAGCCUCGGGAUAGAGUGCGAAGCCAAUAGUAUCGGAGCGACGAAGGAUAUGCGUGCGCACGAUGCCUUGUUCAUGAAUGUUGCAGCUUACUUUCGAGAUGCAUGUUCCUUGGAGGGUAAAAAUAAAGUUAUACAGACAAGCUUGCCCCCUAUCUACUUUCAACACCAGGGACAUUCUUUGACGAUCAUCGGCUUCGAAAUACGAGAUAAUGGUAGCGCAGGCAUAUUGGUUUUCGACCCUAUGUUCCGGACACCCCCGGCAGUAAAACGUCUUAGGGGAGCCCAGACACUGACUUCAGACCCUGCGCGAAUAUUGAAGGGGUACAGGCGAGGAACGGCGUAUUUACAGAAAUACAAGGUGUUUGAGCUUCUAAAUGCCACUCCUCGGCUUACCCAGAGGCGGAAGCAGCUUGACUUAAAGAUGCACGGCAUACCGCCGGGUCUUUCAUGUCUGGCCUGA